ACAGACGGGCAUGGUCCCAGACACAGACAGCAGAGACCACCAGACCAUCACCAUCACCACAGAGGCAAGAGAGAGGACAGAGCUACCGGAACCAUCACAGAUUACCUUGGCUAGCAACUACAGACAGACAGAUAGUCCAGAGAGAAGAACACCGAACGCAGAGAUACCAAGACAGGCAGAUAGAGUCCUAGAAACUAACAGAGGUGAUAAAACCAAUAUAAGGACAGAACUUCACCCACACAGAACCGUGAUAAUGCAGGUGUGUACCGUUGUUGAGAAGCGUGCUGGGGCCGUGGUGGGGGCUGAGCUGGCCUGCAGUGUACAUGAAGAGAAUCAGGCUCAGAGGGAGAGCUACAAAGCCGACUGGAACAGUGUUAACAUGAAGACCCGGGCCAUGGACAGGCAGACGAUGAACAUGAACGAUGACUCUCGUAGGGAGACCUACACUCGUCAGUGGGAGGCUCGCUCUCUGGCCCAGGCCUGUCCCUCGGGGGUGUACAGAGUGGGCACCGUGGAGAGGGGAGUGAGGGAGCACCAGCUCCUGCCCAAGAGGAACACCCUGCCCCUGCCCAUCUUCACCCCUGCACAGCUGGGCAUCCGGCUGGGUCGCGGAGCACCACACACCCAGGAGGACCUCCGUCCCUUCCCCAUCCCCGACGGUGCCUGCCCUGGCAAGAGGGCCGUGGUCGAGAUCACACAGGACCUGCCCCCCGCCAAGCCACUCAGGAUGGAGUUCGCCAAGGCACCCAAAGCACUGGGCCGCUCCAUGUCACAAGAGGUCCAGAGAGGGUGAAGGAAGAGGAGAGGAAGGAGAGGAAUAAUGGAUGUUAGAGAGAAAGGUUAAGUUUGGGGCUCAGCCCAUCAGAUAACAGCAUGGAGGGAUGUAUAUAGAUUUAUUCCUAGUGACAUUUAUUCCAUCCCUAUUCCCUAGUAGAGCCGUCACACAGUGUAUACCUUUCCUGUUUCAUUAAGUAUUACAUGUAUACUAGGGACAAGUCCAAUGUCAUACCGUUUGUUAUAAAAGGCAUUAUUUGCUUAGAGAUCUGAUGGCAUCUUUUGAUUGACAGAAAGGCAGACAAAUGCUCCGUUCUUUCAGCUGUGCCAUCAACUAAUCUCCCUGUUGACUGGAAAAGACCAGACUGUCCUUGUCACGUCUGCACACUGAAUGAACUGCCCUUUCCCCCCUGCCUGGCUAAAGCCAGCUGUGGAUAAGCCACACAGCGUAGUAUGGCAUUCUGACCGCAUUGUUUGCAAUGGUACAUUCUACCCUACUUAUCAUAUUAUGGCAAUGACACCACACAGUAUUGAGACAGCAGGACGUUUAAUAUGCUCAACCAAUGUGCGUAUGAGGAUGUAUUUCUUGAUGUAUUUAUGUGGAAUGACCAUGCACAGAUGAGGGAGGUGAGGGAAGGGAAAUAUGAAGAUAUCAAAGAUGCUUCAAAAGUGACAGAGAAAAGAAGAGAAUUGGAACUGUGGAGAGGAAAUGAACAAGAAAGUGGGCACGGAGGGAGGGGUGGGCACGGAGGGAGGGGUGGGCUCAACCUACCUUGGCAUUCAUCCCUCUUCUUUUGUAAGAAGGGAGAGCUGGUGAGCCUCAAGACCUUCAGAAGUUCUUGACACACUCUAAUCCUGGGUGAGAGGACAGAACGGUACAGCACGAUCCCACGCUGGGAACCCAGACAAAGGAGGGCCCUGGGCACAGACGUCAACUCAACAUCUAUUCCACGUUGGUUCAAUGUCAUUUCAUUGAAAUGAUGUGGAAACAACGUUGAUUCAACCAGUGUGUGCCCAGUGGGAGGUUUGUGUGUGCCGACAUGUCUGGAUGGUCCCGGAUCAUGACUCUAGUCAUUGACAUAGACUGACUACCUGUAUGAUCAAGACUUAUCGUAUAUAUUUAAACAACAUGUCAUUUGACAGUGUUUGAGCUGAUCUGCCGACCUAGCUGUGUGUUAAUGUUGACAUCUGAUGUAUCUGGUAGAGUUAGUGAACAGAUCAUACAGAAUGAUUUGAGUCUCUACUGUUGUAGAGGAAAGUGGGGUAAGUUGAGCCAUUUCUUACAUUCAGAAUCACUCUGUCAAGGGAAAUAUAGUGUUCUUUCUAACAAAGAUGUCUACAUGUAUUUCAGGAUGUUGUGUAUCCCUGGAAAUAAACAGAAUUCAUGUAAACAUUGUAGUUUUGAAAGCAUAGCUGGUCCAUAAAAAAGGGGUCUCUUGGCACAACUUAGUUGAGUAAGUUAAGCCGUCUACAAAUUUCUGUACUGAAUGAAAUAUUACCACUACCUGUUUCCCAAACACAAUUCAACACCAUCACAAUCACUUUGUAGUCUUGUAAUAAUUUGAAGCAUAUUUUAACACUUGCCAUUGGCUCAACCAUUUACCCCACUGCCAUUGGCUCAACUUACCCCAAGGCAAACAUUUUGACUAAAUCAGCCCACACAGCUACAAGGAUGCACUUUCAUGCUAGGUUUAGGACCUCAUAUUGAAGCUUAUAGAGACCCCAAAUUAUGUAUAGAACAAUUUUUCACAGACUCCAUAAAAUUAUGACCUCUUCCUAAAUAUUUUGUCAAAUUAUUAAUUUUGUGUAUGGUUUCCUAAAAACAACUAACCCCUUAGGGGAGAGUGGGAUAAGUUGAGCCUAUCUGUUUUCAUGUGUUGGGUUUAUAUUUUUGUAUAAUAAAAUCUGAAGUGCUUUUCA